AUGUUUUGCCGGUCUGCUUUCUUGCAAGCAUCUCCACCUGAGGGUUUCAGGAAGCUUGCAAUUGAAGUUACAAAACUUGCGAAAGAGAGAGUCAUACGUAUGCACCAUGUACUGAAAAAAAUAGGCAGAGAUAUAAUAGUUCUUGCACCAUUCAUUCACCAGCCUGCAAAGCGUCAACUCUUGAUCGACAGUAAGGAAGGUUGCGACGUACUUAUUGGUACUGAAAAUGUGUUUGGCAUUUCCAUUCAAAGUAUCAGAAAUGGAAGAGACAAUGAGUAG